AUGGACACACGACUGUCAAGAUGGAGAUGUAUCAAUAUAUUUGAAGCUGCCAGGUCUGUAAUGGUAAGAAAUAUCGCUAAUGCAAUUACAUUUUAUCACAUGACAAGCUUUAAGCUCCCAGAUUCUACCAUCAGAAAGAUGAAUUCUUCACAUCAAAAGUUUUGGAGGAAAAAGAAAUCAAACAAGGGUAAACAACUUAUUUCAUGGAAUAAUGUGAAUAUACCUAAAGAAGAUAGUAGUCUGGGAUUUAGAGAUUUACACUUGUUUAAUAAAGCUUUUUUAGCAAAAUCAGCAUGGAGAUUAUGCACUGAUCACACUUCAGAUUGUGUUAAAUCACUCCAAGCCAAAUACUUUCGGGAUGGUCAGGUGUUUAAUAUUAAGAAAAGAGUUAAUUCUACUUGGUCAUGGACAAGCAUCAUCUCUGAGUUGGACUUCAUCAAGAAAUACAAUUUUUGGUGUAUUUUCAAUGGUCAAAAUCUACUGAUAUGGAAACAUGACUGGAUGAUCGGUCCGACUGAGCCACCAAUUCCCAAGAAUGGAGUUACUAAUCAUGGUUAG